GGAGUAGAGCGUGCAAGUUGCAGGGAAGGGGUGCCCGCUCCUUCCGCGCUCUCCGUGCUCCCGGCUCCUCACUCCUUCCCCCCCCCUCCUCCUCGCCUCCUCCCUCCCCGCCCCCACCUCCUUCCUCCUCUCCGAAGGGCUGGUAACUUGUUGUGCGGAGCGAACGGCGACAACGACGGCGGCGGCGGCGGCACCAUCCGGGCGGGCAGCAUGGGCACGUCCGCGCGCUGGGCGCUGUGGCUGCUGCUCGCGUUGUGCUGGGCGCCCCGGGACAGCGGCGCCUCUGCAAGCGGGAAAAAGGCCAAAUGUGAUACUUCCCAAUUCCAGUGCACAAAUGGCCGCUGCAUUACUCUGCUGUGGAAAUGCGAUGGAGAUGAAGACUGUGUUGAUGGCAGCGAUGAGAAGAACUGUGUAAAGAAGACAUGUGCUGAGUCUGACUUCGUGUGCAAAAACGGCCAGUGUGUUCCUAACAGAUGGCAGUGUGAUGGGGACCCUGAUUGUGAAGAUGGUUCUGAUGAAAGCCCCGAACAGUGCCAUAUGAGAACAUGCCGCAUAAAUGAAAUCAGCUGUGGCGCCCGUUCUACUCAGUGUAUCCCAGUGUCCUGGAGAUGCGAUGGUGAGAGUGAUUGUGACAAUGGAGAAGAUGAAGAAAACUGUGGCAACAUAACAUGCAGUGCUGAUGAGUUUACUUGCUCCAGUGGCCGCUGUGUCUCCAGGAACUUCGUGUGUAAUGGCCAGGACGACUGUGAUGAUGGCAGUGAUGAGCUGGACUGUGCCCCACCGACCUGUGGCGCUCAUGAGUUCCAGUGCAGCACCUCUUCCUGCAUCCCCCUCAGCUGGGUGUGUGAUGAUGACGCAGAUUGUUCCGACCAGUCAGACGAGUCUCUUGAACAGUGUGGCCGUCAGCCAGUGAUACAUACCAAAUGUCCCGCCAGCGAAAUCCAGUGUGGCUCUGGCGAGUGCAUUCACAAAAAGUGGCGGUGUGAUGGAGACCCUGACUGCAAGGAUGGCAGUGAUGAGGUCAACUGCCCUUCUCGAACCUGCCGACCUGACCAGUUUGAGUGUGAAGACGGUAGCUGCAUCCAUGGCAGCAGGCAGUGCAAUGGCAUCCGAGACUGUGUUGAUGGCUCUGAUGAAGUCAACUGCAAAAACGUCAAUCAGUGCUUGGGCCCUGGAAAGUUCAAGUGCAGAAGUGGGGAAUGCAUAGACAUCAGCAAAGUGUGUGACCAGGAGCAGGACUGCAGAGACUGGAGUGAUGAGCCCCUAAAGGAAUGCAAUAUCAAUGAAUGCUUGGUCAAUAAUGGUGGCUGUUCCCAUAUCUGCAAAGACCUAGUUAUAGGCUAUGAAUGUGACUGUGCAGCUGGGUUUGAACUGAUAGAUAGGAAAACCUGUGGAGAUAUUGAUGAAUGCCAAAAUCCGGGGAUCUGCAGUCAAAUUUGUAUCAACUUAAAAGGCGGUUACAAGUGUGAAUGUAGUCGUGGCUAUCAAAUGGAUCUUGCCACUGGCGUGUGCAAGGCAGUAGGCAGAGAGCCAAGUCUGAUCUUCACUAAUCGAAGAGACAUCAGGAAGAUUGGCCUAGAGAGGAAGGAAUACAUCCAACUUGUAGAACAACUAAGAAACACGGUGGCUCUCGAUGCUGACAUUGCAGCUCAGAAGCUAUUUUGGGCUGAUCUAAGCCAAAAGGCCAUCUUCAGUGCCUCAAUUGAUGACAAAGUUGGUAGACAUUUUAAAAUGAUCGACAAUGUCUAUAAUCCUGCAGCCAUUGCUGUUGAUUGGGUGUACAAGACCAUCUACUGGACUGAUGCGGCUUCUAAGACUAUUUCAGUAGCUACCCUAGACGGAGCCAAGAGGAAGUUCCUGUUUAAUUCUGACUUGCGAGAGCCUGCCUCCAUAGCUGUGGACCCGUUGUCUGGCUUUGUUUAUUGGUCAGACUGGGGCGAGCCAGCUAAAAUAGAAAAAGCAGGGAUGAAUGGAUUUGAUAGGCGUCCACUGGUGACUGAGGACAUCCAAUGGCCUAAUGGAAUUACACUUGACCUCGUCAAAAGCCGCCUCUACUGGCUUGAUUCCAAGCUGCACAUGCUGUCUAGUGUGGACUUGGAUGGCCAAGAUCGCAGGAUAGUGCUCAAGUCUCUGGAGUUCCUAGCUCAUCCACUUGCACUCACAAUAUUUGAGGAUCGUGUCUACUGGAUAGAUGGAGAAAAUGAAGCAGUGUAUGGUGCCAAUAAGUUUACUGGGUCAGAGCUGGCUACUCUAGUCAAUAACCUCAAUGAUGCCCAAGACAUCAUUGUCUACCAUGAACUCGUUCAGCCACCAGGUAAAAAUUGGUGUGAAGAAGAUAUGGAGAAUGGAGGAUGUGAAUACCUCUGCCUGCCAGCACCACAGAUUAGUGACCACUCUCCAAAAUAUACCUGUUCCUGUCCCAAUGGGUUCAGUCUCGAGGAGAAUGGACGAGCGUGUCAAAGUACUUCAACUCCUGUGACUUACAGUGAGACAAAAGAUAUCAACACAACAGACAUUCUACGUACUAGUGGACUGGUUCCUGGAGGUAUUGGGUCCAGUACUGCAAACUGUUAAUCUCAACUAACUGCCGCUUAAAUAAUUAAUGCAGCCUUUAACUACUGGUUCUGCCCCAACUGGCUACUUGUGCCUGAAAGAUUUCAGAACCUGUGUAUCCUGGAUUUCUCUGACUUAUUUAAACCUGUUGGUGAAAUGGCCAUGUAACUCAAAUAAUUCUAAUCCCAAGUUUUUCUGCUAUGGAAUUAUAGUGGAUAGUAGAGAUCAAUGUUAGGUACAAAGGUAUGAGGACAUCUACCUGAUGGGCAGAUUUCUAAGUCUCAAUUCAAAUCAUGAUAGACCGAUUUCUUGUAUGUCCUUGCAGGGAUCAACGUGACCACAGCAGUAUCAGAGGUCAGCGUUCCCCCAAAAGGAACUUCAGCUGCCUGGGCCAUCCUUCCUCUUUUGCUCUUGGUAAUGGCAGCAGUAGGUGGCUACUUGAUGUGGCGGAAUUGGCAACAUAAAAACAUGAAAAGCAUGAACUUUGACAAUCCUGUGUACUUAAAGACCACUGAAGAGGACCUCUCAAUAGACAUUGGUAGACACAGUGCUUCUGUGGGACACACGUACCCAGCAAUAUCAGUUGUAAGCACAGAUGAUGAUCUGGCUUGACCUCUGAAUAAGUCUUGACCUCUGAGGUCUAAGCCAACAACACUCCACUCCAGAAUGGUAACCGAGCCAGCGCUGAAGUCUCCUUUCUUCCUCCCAUCUGGAAGAACAUCAAGAUAUCUUUCCACGGAUCAAGUUUGUGUCCUUGACCAUUUUUAUAUUACUUUUGUAAAUAUUCUUGGUCACAUUCUACUUCAGCUUUGGAUGUGGUUACCAAGUAUCUGUAACCCUUGGAUCUCUAGACAGUAUUGCCAUCUCUGGCCAAAUAUGCACUUUCCCUAGAAAGCCAUAGUCCAGCAAUGAACCUUGUGCUAUAGUGACUCCCACCUGUACAUACAUUGUAUAGGCCACCUGUACAUAUCCCAGAGAACAAUCACUAUUCUUAAGCACUUUGAAGAUAUUUCUAUGUAAAUUAUUGUAAACUUUUUCAAUGUUUGGGACAAUGGCAAUAGGAUAAAACGGGUUACUAAGAUGAAAUUGCCAAAAAAAAAAAAUUUGUAAACUAAUUUUGUACGUAUGAAUGAAAUCUUUGACCUCUGUGGAGGUUUGCAAAGACUGACUUCAAACUACUGUACAUUUUUUUUUCAAGUGCUAAAAAAAAUUAAACCACACAGCUUAACCAUGGUUUUGAUUAUUCCUCUAAAAUGAACUGGGAACAGCCUGUGUAUCACCAAAUGUUUUAGACAUUUGAGCUAUAGCUCUUGGUGUUGUAUACCUAG